UUCUUACCUCUAUACUCUUACUCUAUCUUGCUAAAAUCACCAUCAAAAUCCGUACUUUUUUGUUCCCUACUCAUUCAUUUUGUUUCUCCCCUAUACUUCAUUACAUGCAGCUUCUUUUGACAUCACAUUUUGUCGGAUUUUUGUGCUUUUGUUUCAUUAAAAUUGCUAUAGUUAGUUAUAAUUUUUGACUCAACUUUAAAAUGUAAUUAUAAUUAUAUAAAAAUUAAUAUGAACAUAAAAUUCGAUUUCAAAUCGGCUCGAAACAGUAAUCCAAUAUACCCUCCAAAUACACCUAACAACCCGAAAAAAUACCUGUAAAUCCAAUAACGCACCAAACCCAUAUAAAAACAGAGAAAACAAAAUACAAAAUACACUUCUACUAGUUAGUAGGAAUCAAUAUAGUAUUCUUGUGUUCUAUGUUCUAUGUUCUAUGUUCUGAUUGAAGUGAAAUUUUAGCUCAACAAACACCCAAAAGCAAAUCUUUUCUCCCUCAAAAAUCAAGCAAAAUCAGCAAGAAAAUGGGGGAUUGUCAGAAAACAGUAGGAAUGGAGUGAAGUUGAGGUGAAAGAUGAAAGCUUUAGAGAGAGAUGACAAAGAAAGGAAAGACAAAUAGCAAAGAAAAGAAAUGUAAAGAAAAAAGUGUCAAGAAAACUGAAAUAGAAGAAAAAGACGAAUUUUUUAGUAUAAGAGAGUGUGAAAGAUGGGAAUUAUUAUUGGGUUCCUGCAAAAGGGGUUGUGGGCCCACUGUUUGUACCCCAGUAAUCUCAUGGAAGGAAGUUGGUGGAUUUCAAAACACCAUAAUUAAAGGCAACAACCCUUUUCUUCUUUACUACUCUUCUUUUUCACAAGCUCAAACUUCAGCUAGAAAACUUGCUUCUGCUCUUUGGAAAUUUCAUCACUAUUUUUCUAAUUCUGAAAUUAUGUACUUGGGUCUUAAUAAUAAUCAUCAAAGAAGAAGAAAUCAUCAUCAUAGGAUUAGUAAAGAUGAGGGUUUUGAUGUUCAACAACAGCUUAAUCAUCCUUCUUUACUUGUUGAUCCUCAUAGAGGUGGUUCCCCUGAUCAUCAGCCUUCAAGUGCCGGAAGUCUGAGGAGGCAUAUUGCCGCCUCACUGAUGCGGCAUCAUCAAUCAGCAGAAAGGAAUAAGCAUGCUUUGCAGCCUCUUUCUCCGGCAAGCUAUGGUAGUUCCUUGGAGAUGGCACCAUAUAAUAGAGCAGCAACUCCCGACAGUUCAAUAGAGUUGCGAGGAAGGAUGGGUGAGCCUAGUUACAGUUUUAAAACAUCAACUGAAUUGCUCAAAGUGUUGAAUCGAAUAUGGACACUUGAAGAACAACAUGCUUCCAACGUGUCUCUAGUGAAAGCGCUUAAAACCGAGCUUGAUCAUGCCCGUAAAAGAAUCAAAGAGUUGCUCAGAGAUCAGCAGGGAAGUCGGCACAAGAUCGAUGAGUUAAUGAAACAACUUUCACAGGAUAACUUUGCGAGAAAGAGCAAAGAUCACGAGCGAUUAGAGGCUGCACUUCAAUCUGUUAGAGAUGAAUUAGAAGAUGAAAGGAAGUUGAGAAAACGAUCCGAAAGCUUGCAUAGGAAACUAGCCAGGGAGCUAUUUGAGAUUAAGGUUGCCUUAUCGACUACCGUCAAAGAGCUUGAAAACGAAAGAAAAUCGAGUGAGCUUUUAGAAGAUCUUUGUGACGAGUUCGCCAAAAGUACACGGGAAUAUGCAAAACAGGUACAUGAUCUCAAACAGAAGUCUGAUAGGGACUGGACUGGGAUCACUGAUCACGACAAAUUGAUCCUACACGUUUCUGAAUCUUGGCUCGAUGAGCGAGCACAGAAGAAAGACAGGGAGGCGCAGAAAGCUUCUAUCGUUGACAAAUUGAGACCUGAAAUCGAGACGUUUCUCACAGCCCGACAAACAGCCGAUGUUGAUACUAAAAGUAUUGAUCAUAAGGAAACCCGUUUAAGACGUCAUUCCCUAGAGUCAGUUCCAGAGGUGGGAACCGCCCCAGACGAUUCAGCCUUCUCUAAUGCUCGUUGUGCUGAGAUAAGCAAAGCGGGCUCCAGCCAUUACGAUGAGCAGGAAGAGCUUACAAGGGAUGGGACGAGAAAGGGUCAAAGUCCGCAUAGUGUGCCAAUGUCGGAACAUCAAAACACUCCUCGGGAAAUUGAUCCUAGGAAAACAAGUGAAGGAACUCUGACUGAAAUCAGCAUGCUUCAGAAAUCCGACAUGUAUGAUUCCUACCAAAAGAAGAGUUACGAUGAAGACGGGCAUGGAUCAAACUCAAAAACAGUCGACAAACUAAUAAGCGAGUUGUUGGUAUCAGAAGAGGGGAGUUUGCCUCAAGGGCAUGAAGCAGCUUCGAGUAAUCCUUCAGCACUAAGGAGGCAUGUAAGCCCCGUUCGACAGUGGAUGACAAGCAUGAAAUCCUUCGGUCCCAAAAUUUCGGAAUUAUCUUCAAAGACACAGUCAGCAAGAGAGAACUCACUAAAGGCCAAGUUACAAGAGCCUAAGUUGAAGGGGCAGCGUUCACGCUUGAAGAUCCUGAAAGGUUCAUCAUGAGUCUCAUAAGAGACUAAUGAAGAGUUAAGUGUACAUUUUACUGGAUUUUUGGCUCGCUAACACGCUGUUUUUCGGAUAUAUCUCGUUUUAUAUAUCAGCUUUCAUCUGUGGUAAAAUGUUCUUUGAUCUGUAUUAAAUUUCUAGUCGUAUCUUAUAUUCUGAGUACAAUGGUAAAGUCACACAACUGUAUAGUACAUAUUCAACCCAACUUCUCAGUUUAGUUUACUGAUUAAAAAUUUAGGCCACUGAUUUAACAAAUAUUCGUACUUCAGUAU